AGAGAAUGCAGAAACCUGCCCAGCCAGUUAAAUGAAAGACAUAUUAGGUUAUCCAUUGCACAUUGUAUAUAUCUUAGGUGCAGCAGAACUUCUCUCAGCAUUCUGCACUGUGGUCCACAGUGGCUCUCUCAUCCUACAUGUGCUUGAUGUUUAUAAGCUCAGGGAAAGGGUAACAAUAAAUAAUCACCACUCCUGAUCAAAAGCAGAGUCACAUUAACCUUUCACAGUCACCACCAAAAGGCAUCUAAUUUUCUUUUUAAAAUAAAUCAGCGGUGUGAUGUAAAACUAAAAGAGUGGCAAACAGCAAGAACUGCAUAAAGACAAGUGAAACACUCAAAACAGAAAACACAAGAUGAGCACCUCUGGAGGAACUUGUGGAAGUCCAAACUCCACAGAACCUGCUCCUGAUUACUUCAAGGAAUUAUGGUCCAAAUUGAAGGAGUGCCAUGAUAAAGAAGUAAAAGGAUUACUGGCAAAGAUCACCAAGCUGAAAACAGAAAGGUGUUUGGAUGCAGAAAGACUCGAAGAGUUUUACACCAAAAACCAGCAGCUUAGAGAGCAACAAAAAUCAUUGCAUGAAACAAUUACAGUUUUAGAAGAUCGGUUAAGAGCAGGAUUAUGUGAUCGUUGUGCAGUAACUGAAGAGCAUAUGAAGAAAAAACAGCAGGAAUUUGAAAAUAUUCGGCAACAGAACCUCAAGCUGAUUACAGAACUGAUGAAUGAAAGAAACAAUUUACAGGAUGAAAAUAAAAAGAUUUCUGAACAGCUUCAGAAGAUGCAAGAGAAGAUAGAGGAACAAGAGCAAUACAUGGAAGAGUUUGUUCCAGAUUCACCUGUUCAGUCACUUUCAAUGGUUAAUCAACUGCACCGAAAACGGGAAAAUAGACAUGUCCAGUACAUAGAACAAAAGGGUCCAGAUUUGGAACAGACAGGAAGACCUCAUAAGCUUGGGAAGACCCCUCUUUCAUCCACCCAAAGGGAUGUCUGUCCUGAAGAAGUAUUGGUGGCUGAUACCUGUGACCCACAGCUCUCCCCAGUAUCACGUAAAUUUAAUGAGAAAAUAGCAGGAGAGCGCACUGCUACAAGAUCACCAUUUACCUUGGCAGUAGUUAUUGCAGAAACACUUGGACUUGAUGAGCCUGAACCUCGGAAUAAAGCACAGGGAGAUUUCAGACAACAGUUGGUUCAUGCGUUUCCUAAAAGUAAUGGUGACAACUUGGAAUUUUCAGAUCCAAUUGAGGACGCUUCUCCAGUUACAGACUGGGAUUCUAAGGUACCUUCUCCUGUUUUUGGAGCCUCUGCAAAUGUGAAGAAGAGCAGCUUGGGCCUCAAUACAAGUCUUUCCUCUUCUGUGUUAGCAACAGGACGUAAGUCAAAUCUGAAAAACAACUCCAUCAACAAUUCUUCCUAUUCUAGAUCUGGGAAAGUGAAAUCAGUAUCUGAAGAUGUUGCUUUUGUUGUACCGCUUAAACCUGGGACUGAAAUAACCUCGGUUAUCAGCCAGUCUCCAACUGGUAAGCAAGUGGUUCUGAAACAGAAUGCAGAUGAGCCCAUAACAUGUGUGACCAACACACAUUUAGAUAAAGAUGAGACAGGCAAGAGUGACUUCCUUCUUCCAUCACAGAAACAAUUAGGCAGCCGAUGCCCUAAAAGGAAGAAACCUGAUGAAAGGAGUGGGCAUGUGAUCAGCUCUGAAAAAGAAAAUACCUUCCCUUCCCAUGCAGACAAUCCUCCUAUCAAUAGAGAUAAUAUAACUGAUAAGCCUUUAGAUUUAUCUGAUCGCUUUUCGGGUUUUCGCUGUCAAGAAAAAAGCCAUGUAAGUGCUGAGACCUCCAAAACUAGGCUGAGGCAGGCAACUCUUUGUGAUGUUUUUCAACCACCAGUGAAAGAUUAUUCAUCUAAAACCAUCGUUGGUUAUCUAAUGAGCCAAGAUUCACCAGAGGAUCCCUGUGUACAGGAAGCAUCCCUGGAGAGAGAACCUCAAGUACAAAUAAAAGAAGAGAUUACUGCCUUUUGUAAUCCACCAAAUGACGUCCUGGAAUCAGACCUCUCUGAAGAUAUGAAGGCUGCUGGUGUCCAUAAACCAACAAAUAAGAGGAUACGGUUGCAAACUGCAGUAGGUGAGCCAGCAUCUGUGCUUCAACCAAAUCCUUGCAGAGUGAAAAAAGCUGCAAAACUGCACAAGGAGCAAGAUAAUUCAUCCUUGGAAAAUGUGCAAUGGAGCAUAGACCCAGGAGCUGACCUUUCCCAAUACAAAAUGGAUGUUACUCUGAUAGAUGCAAAAGAAGGGAUCCAAACAAGAACUGAAGCAGAGACUGUAGACAUGGACUAUACAUACGUCAGUGAUAGUAUUCUAGUAAGAAUGAAAAAUCAAGAACAUAAAGAAGUAAACAAUUCAAGAGAGAAAAGAAGAAAUGACACUUUUGCAGAAAUAUUUGAUCGGACAUCAUAUGAAGAAUAUGAAUCCUAUCUAGAAGAUGACAAUGUCCUAGGAUGUAACAAUAGGGAGUCUUGUCAAGAGGAAGAAGAAGAAAAGAAGGAAAUGUCAACAGUAAAGAAAAGCCUACAGAGGCAUGGAGACAAACAAGAUAAAACCAAACAGAAGGCUUUUGUGGAAUCAUAUUAUAAAAGCGAUGAAAGAAGGAACACUGUAUUAGAUUUUCCUCACAUUGAGGUGGUCCGUAAAAAAGAGGAAAGGAAAAAAUUACCUGGACACACUUGUAAGGAAUGUGAAAUAUACUAUGCAGAUUUUCCAGAAGAGGAGAGGGAAAAGAAGUUAGCUGCCUGUUCAAGGCAUCGAUCUCGCUAUGUUCCUCCUGAUACACCAGAAAAUUUCUGGGAAGUCGGAUUCCCAUCAACCCAGAUGUGUGUUGAAAGAGGUUACAUAAAAGAGGACCUUGCUCCUUGCCAGCGUCCUAAAAGAAGACAGCCUUAUAAUGUGAUGUUUUCUCCAAAAGGCAAGGAACAAAAAACAUAACUUGAGGAAUAACAUUUUACAAAUUGAGAAAUCCUUUUGUUUGUUUCCAUAAAUAUUUAAAGUCAAUGAAAAAAUAAAUCCAUCUGAAAAUCAUGGUACCUAAACACAA